AUGGCUUCCACCGGCAACUACGAGCUCCUCUGCUUGGAGAACCCUCUCCUCGACAUCCAGGCUGUCGGCGAUGAGAAGCUCCUCGAGAAGUACGGCCUGAAGGCCAACGACGCCAUCCUCGCCGAGGAGAAGCACCUGGGCCUGUACGAUGACCUGCUCAAGAACUACGACGCUAAGCUCAUCGCUGGCGGUGCUGCCCAGAACACGGCGAGAGGUGCUCAGUACAUCCUCCCUCCCAACUCCGCCGUUUACAUUGGCUGCGUCGGCAAGGACCAGUACGCCGAGACCCUGAAGGAGACGGUCAAGCAGGUCGGCCUCCGCGUCGAGUACCGCUACGAUGAGCAGCAGCCCACCGGUCGCUGCGGCGUCGUCAUCACCGGCCACAACCGCAGCAUGUGCACCGACCUGGCUGCCGCCAACCACUACAAGAUUGAGCAUCUGAAGCAGCCUGAGAUCUGGAGCCUUGUCGAGGGCGCUAAGGUCUACUAUGUCGGUGGCUACCACUUGACUGUCUGCGUCCCCGCCAUCAUGGCCCUGGCUGAGGAGGCCGCCGCGAAGAACAAGAUCUUCAUCCUCUCGCUCUCUGCGCCCUUCAUCCCGCAGUUCUUCAAGGACCAGCUCGCCCAGACCGCUCCCUACUGGGACUACGUUAUCGGCAACGAGACCGAGGCCCUGUCCUGGGCCGAGAACAACGGUCACGCCACCAAGGACAUCCCCAGCAUCGCCAAGCUCAUGGCGGCGCUGCCCAAGGCUAACAAGGCCCGCCCGAGGACCGUCAUCAUCACCCAGGGCACCGAGCCCACGGUCGUCGCUAUCGGCAAGGAGGGCGGCGAGGCCGAGGUUAAGGAGUUCCCCGUCCACGCCAUCAACAAGGACCUGAUCAACGACACCAAUGGUGCCGGUGAUGCCUUCGCCGGUGGCUUCGUCGCCGGUGUCGUCCAGGGCAAGGACCUCGAGACCAGCGUUGACAUGGGCCAGUGGCUCGCCAAGCUCAGCAUCCAGGAGCUCGGCCCCUCGUACCCCUUCCCCAAGCAGACUUACACCAAGACUGCCUAA